GUUUUCCUUUUGGAUUUCUUUUCCUGUGGCGUACAAGAAUUCUCUUCUUUUAUUUCCCUUUAUCCCUUCUUUCGCUUCGUUUUCUUGCUUGUAUACGUUCUUUGUUCUUCACUUACAGCCUACACUCGCUAUGGCCUCAACCACAACCACAACCACCGCCAUGGACACCAUUGCCGUCGUAACCUCGUCGCGCGCUGUGAUUUCCGGCCGUUUGACUUCAGCCACCAUUGUCAUCUCUCGCCGUACUGGCAAGAUCACUGCUGUCUUCGACUCGGUCAUUCCCGCCAACGAAUUCCCCGAGGGAACCCCGUAUACCGACUAUUCGCCCCAUGUUCUGCUUCCCGGCUUGGUCGAUGCCCAUGUUCACCUCAACGAGCCCGGUCGUACUGAAUGGGAGGGUUUCUAUACUGGUACUCAGGCUGCGGCCUUUGGAGGUGUCACCACUGUCAUUGAUAUGCCGCUAAAUGCCAUCCCGCCAACAACGACUGUUGUCGCCUUUAAGGAGAAGCUCCAGGCGGCUGAGGGCAAGUGCUGGGUUGAUGUUGGCUUCUAUGGCGGCAUUAUCCCUGGGAAUGCUUCCGAGCUCAAGGCCCUUGUCCAUGAAGGCGUUCGCGGCUUCAAAGGGUUUCUAUGUGACAGCGGUGUCGAAGAGUUCCCGAUGGUAACUUCCGAGGAUAUCAAAAAGGCGAUGAUUGAAUUAGCAGAUGAACCCACCACUCUCAUGUUCCACGCGGAGAUGCAACCGCACGACAAAUGCCAGGGAAACGGGACACAACAUGAGGAAUUCGGACCUGUCGAAGCAUAUUCAACGUUCCUGGCAUCCAGACCAUCCUCCUGGGAGACCGGUGCCGUCGCAGAGAUCAUUUCCCUGGCCCAUCUCGCCCCCAAGCUUCACCUGCACAUCGUUCACUUGUCCGCCAUGGAGGCCAUUCCACUACUGCGUAAGGCCCGUUCCCAAGGCGUCCCCAUCACAGCCGAAACUUGCUUCCACUAUCUUUCCUUGGCCGCAGAGGAGAUCCGCGACGGAGACACGCGCCACAAAUGCUGUCCACCAAUCCGUUCUCAGCUCAACCAGGACGCUCUCUGGACCGAACUGGAACGUCACGGGGACGACGAAGGCGUCAUCAAAACCGUUGUCUCGGAUCACUCACCCUGCACACCCGAUCUCAAACAUCUUCCUGCGCACAUUCCCCCAGGAGAAGCUGACAGCACCCACAACGGCAGCUUUCUAUCCGCCUGGGGUGGUAUCUCUUCCGUAGGCCUGGGCCUUCCCAUCCUCUGGACAGAACUCAGCCGUCGCAAGGGCCUUACUGCCGCACCCGACGACGCCAACACCAAACGUGCUCUCCAGGAUAUCGUGCGUCUCUGCUGCGCCAACACCGCCGCCCAGGUCGGUCUGCAAUCACGAAAGGGUGACUUGGUCCCCGGCUACGACGCGGAUAUCUGCGUAUUCGACGACACGGCUGAAUGGACCGUCGAACCCAACACCAUGCUCUUCCGCAACAAAUGCUCGCCAUACCAGGGUCGUGUCCUUCGCGGUAUGGUCCGCGAAACCUGGCUCCGCGGUGAAAAGGUGUUCAGUCGGGAUGCGGGGUUCAGUAACAAGACUCCUUCGGGUAGUCUCCUGUUGGAGAAACGGGUUUGACCCUAUCGUCCCCUCGUUUCUUUUUACUUAAUUUCCUUUUCUUUCUCCCUUCGUUUGUCCCAUUCGAUCGACGGGACUGUUGACAAAGUUACAGUCAACUUUUCGAGACGACCACUUUGACAUUCGACAUGAUUUGACGACAUAAUGAUCUUGGUUAUGGCUCCUUGUUAUGACUCUCGUUAUGAUCGCUAAUAACUCGGCAGAUAGCAUAUAGAUCAUAGCGUAGGUAUUUUGUUUAGAUUAGAUUUAAUAGCUUCAUUUUAUGGAAUAUCUCUCGUUCAACUCAGUAACUGGGUCAAAUAGAGCUUACUAACAGGACUUUCCAUUGACAAAGCCUCGCCCUCGUAUGCUCCCAUCGACUUAUUC